UUCAAAACGCCAGCUAGAUCUACCUUUCCCCUGUCCUAAUACAUUCUUCUUCUUCUUCUUCUCUUUUUUUUUUCUUUUUUGCUUAUUGGGGUCGACAAUGGCGGAUCAACCUGCGAAUCCCCAGAAAAGAAUCAAGCUUCGAGAUGGGAGAUACUUGGCUUACAAGGAAAGAGGCGUUCCCAAGAACGAAGCCAAGUUCAAGAUCGUUCUUGUUCAUGGAUUCGGAAGCUCUAAGGACAUGAACUUCAAUGCUUCGCAAGAGCUUGUGGAAGAACUGGGGAUCUACUUUCUAGUAUACGACCGAGCAGGGUACGGAGACAGCGAUCCGAACCCGAAACGGUCGUUGAAGAGUGAGGCAUUCGAUGUCCAAGAACUCGCGGAUCAGUUGCAGAUCGGAUCCAAGUUUUAUUUGAUCGGAAUCUCCAUGGGAUCUUACACUGUCUGGAGUUGUCUCAAACACAUUCCUCGGAGGCUGGCGGGGGUGGCGAUGGUGGCGGGGGUGGUGAAUUACAGGUGGAAGUCGUUGCCGGAGAGCGUGAAGAAGGAAGAUUACAGGAGGGAACUGAUAAAAUGGUCGGUCUGGAUAUCGAAGCACUUCCCGGGGAUAUUGCAUUGGUGGGUCACUCGCAAUCUCUUCGGUUCCACUUCCCUUUUGGAGAAGAACCCUCUCUACUUCAACGACCACGACAUCCACGUCCUCUCCACCACCAAAGGCUUCCCCAUGCUCACCAAGGACGGCCUCAGGGACCGCCGCGUUUUCGAAACGCUGAGGAGCGAUUUCAUAACGGCGUUCGGCGACUGGGAGUUCGACCCGGCGGAUAUACCCGACCCUUUUCCGUCCGGAUCCGAGAGCUCGUCCGUCCACGUGUGGCAAGGCUACGAGGACAAGGUCGUGCCGUUUCAGCUGCAGCGUUGCUUGUGCCGCAAGUUACAGUGGAUAAAGUACCACGAGGUGCCGAAGGGCGGGCACCUGAUCGUUCACUACGACGGAGUUUGCGACGCCAUUUUGAGGUCUCUUCUUCUUGGCGACGAGCUUCCAAUGUACAGACCCAAGGCUGUGAUCAUUGAACCCUAGACGAUAUAUUUAUUUAUUUUGUUUCUGUUUUUUUUUUUUUGGCAUGUCGAUUGAUUGGUGUGGAAAACCUGUUAAGAUUUGUUA